CCACAUAGUGGUACUAUUCAUUGGAAACGACGUGCGCUUUUCUUGCCACCACCUUAAGUGUAAAUGCCUUUCAGAGUUGAUUCGCAGUGCGCUCGCGAGUCCGGUUUGCUUCGGCGGCAUGUCCAAAUCAGAAUGAAUUUGAUACAGUUCUAAUCAAUUGGAAAAUGGGAAUACUGUUGACGCUGUCUGCGGAGUAAACCAUUACUCUCUCACAAGUUUACUCUUUCGGGUCACAGAAACGGACCCUAAAAUAAUGCGUUGUGAGUCAUAAAUUAAAAUAGACGUAACCCUUCGUUCUAAAACGGAUCCAGUGGGAGACAAUACUGAAGAAACAAGACAUUGGUCCCAGCGGAGAACACCGUGCGACGAAAGGAGAACUUAUUUAAGAGACGUUCAUGAAUCCAAUUCUGAUCCACAAGUGAGCUGAAGGUGUUGAAGUCUCUCUACUGCUAAUGAUGUCUUCCAAGCAAGCCACACCUCCGUUUCCCCCAGCGACGGAGGAAGAGGAAGCGAUGGGUCAGGACGAUGUGGGCUGGGCCAAUGAGGACAGAGAAAGCCAGGACCAGCCGGCCUCGCCCACUCUGCACAGCAAASCCCUCCCAGAGGAGCACCAGCCAAUCAGAGACAGCCAGCCUGAGUUGGCGUGGAAGAGUAUAGGCUCUACUCAGACGGACAAUGGUAGCAGCAAGGGCUGUUCCUUGUACUCCUACCGGAAUAACUCUACCUCUCCACCAAAGCCUGAGGAGUGUUCCCGCGAGCGGGGCGAGCAGCUAGGCGGAUCCACCUUCGGAACACUCGAGCGCCGCAAAGGAAGCCUGGCCGACGUGGUGGACACACUGAAACAAAAGAAACUGGUGGAGCUGACAAAGACAGAGCAGGACGAGUCGUCCUGUAUGGAGAGACUUCUGUCUAAGGACUGGAAAGACAGGAUGGACAGACUGAAUGCCAGCAAGCUCCUAGGAGAGGUCAAAGGUACCCCAGAGAGUUUGGAGGAGAAGGAGCGGCAGCUGUCCACCAUGAUUCGGUCAGCUUAUCAGCCUGCGGGAGCAGCUCCUGGCGCCCACGACGAGCAGAAGAAGAUGGCGCGGUCACAGAUGGAGAAACAGAGGCAGCAAAUGGAGCUGGCCCGCCGCAGCAGGACCAGGUGUAUUGCGAGGCAACAGCAGCAGCUCAUGCAGCAGCAGCACAAGAUCAACGUUCUCCAGCAGCAGAUACAGGUGCAGGGUCACAUGCCUCCUCUGAUGAUCCCAGUGUUUCCUCACGACCAGCGAUCUAUGGCGGCCGCUGCCGCACAGCAGGGCUUCCUCUUCCCACACAACAUGUCCUACAAACCAGGUGAUAACUACCCCAUGCAGUUCAUUCCAUCCACAAUGGCAGCUGCAGCCGCGUCAGGACUGAGCCCGCUACAACUACAGCAGCUGUACGCCGCCCAGCUGGCCAGCAUGCAGAUCUCACCUGGAGCCAAAAUGGCCUCACUUCCACAGCCUCCCAACUCCUCAGACCCCCUAUCGCCCCCCAGCUUGAAGAGUGAGAAGAGAGUGUUGAGUCCUGUCACUCACAUUAAGGAGGAAGGGUCGACGCAGCCCCUGAACCUCUCAGCCCGAUCCAAGACUGGCGAGCCCCACCGCUCCCUGUCCUCGCCAUCACACACCCUGUUCCCCAGCAACAAGACCAGCCCCAUCACCAUGGGGAAGGGGCGCAUCCCCAGCCCCCUCUCCAACAUGGGCAGAKGCUCACUGGACAUCCUAUCCAGCCUGAACUCCACGGCGUUGUUUGGGGACCAGGACGCGGUAACGAAGGCCAUCCAGGAGGCGAGGAAGAUGAGGGAGCAGAUCCAGAGAGAACAGCUUCAUCACCAGCAGCAGCAAAGCCUGGAGGCCAAACUCACAGCCCUGAGCGGCAUGAGCCUCAGCAAUGGCAGCAAGGAGCGGAUGCACUUUGAGAGUUUGAGUCAGCACCUGGGCAACCUGGGAGAGGAUGGAAAGAUGGGCCACAGGGUCAUUGACCUCACCAGACCUGAGGAUCUUCAUGGUGGUGCCAGCACUACGGAAGCACGGGUCUUCAGGGAGGCCAGGGGCAGGAACAGUGCCGAGCCCCACAUCAAGAGGCCCAUGAAUGCCUUCAUGGUGUGGGCCAAGGACGAGAGGAGGAAGAUCCUGCAGACCUUCCCCGACAUGCAUAACUCCAACAUCAGCAAGAUCCUGGGCUCUCGCUGGAAGUCCAUGAGCAACCAGGAGAAACAGCCAUACUAUGAGGAACAGGCCCGUCUCAGUAAGAACCAUCUGGAAAAGUACCCCAACUACAAGUACAAGCCCCGGCCCAAGAGGACCUGCAUCAUCGACGGGAAGAAGCUGCGCAUCGGGGAGUACAAGCAGAUGAUGCGCUCGCGGCGUCAGGAGAUGAGGCAGUUCUUCAGUGUGGGGCCACAGCCUCAGAUCCCCAUCAGCAACAGCGCUGGCGGCCUCUACCCGGGCGCCAUCACCAUGGCGACAGCCACGCCUUCACCGCACCUGACAUCGGACUGCUCCAGCGCGUCGGCCAGCCCCGAGCCCGCAAUCCCUGUCAUCCAGAGCACGUUCGGCGUGGUCAAGCCCGAGCCGGUUGCCAUGGUGACCAGUGACCACCCGGUCAAUGGGGGGGACGAGAUAGACAUGUACGAAGACUUUGAGGACAAAUCGGACUACAGCAGCGACCACGAGACACGGGAGCCUGUCAGUGCCAACUGAACCUGCUCAGAAGAACUUCUGAACUUUUAGAAAAAAAAUUAAGCAGGACAAUAUGACAGAGACUGAGGUUUUGCUCAGAACAACAUUUCAACAGUACAAGGGGGGCGGAACAGUUUGUCCGGGAUUUGAUGCACCACGGACUGAGCAUGCUCAGAUUUACUCUGGACAGGACGUGACAUACACUGAGAAUUCUCUGAUUGCCUCUGGACAGGAUGUGACAUACACUGAGCAUUCUCUGAUUGACUCUGGACAGGACGUGACAUACAUUCUCUGAUUGACUCUGGACAGGAUGUGACAUACACUGAGAAUUCUCUGAUUGCCUCUGGACAGGAUGUGACAUACACUGAGCAUGCUCUAAUUAACUCUAGACAGGACAUGACAUACACUGAGCAUUCUCUGAUUGAAUCUGGACAGGAUGUGACAUACACUGAGCAUUCUCCUGAUUGACUCUGGACAGGUCGUGACAUACACUGAGCAUUCGAAGAUCUCACAGACCGCCCAUGUUUCUCAAACUACCAUUUUGGACAAGAACACUUUUUCUGAACAAUCCCGUACCAAGUGAUUGGGCUGAGACAACCUCCAGACAGGUAGACAGUGAACAAGACAAUCCAACACAGACAAGAGCUAGUAAGAGUUAGGGCAAUGAGAAGAGAAUGUUCGAACAAAGAGAUAACUGACACAUUUCUGCGUGUGGUUUUUUAAAGGAGAGUCCAUGGACUUGACUGAGACAUCAGAAAUUGGUCCUCAACAGCUAUYGGUGUUAAAUGUUUAUUUUAAGUGUGAUUAAGUUUUUAUGAUGUUUCCUUUGAUUGUGGGUUUCUGGAUUUCCAUGGACAUUUUCCUGACAGGUUACUUACUGCCUGUAAAACCUUGGACUGUCAGGACUUUAACAUUUGAAAGUGAAUAUAAAUCCUUAGCUCUCGUCUAACCUUAUUAUUAAUUAUGAGUACAGUACAUCUACACCUUUCUCCACAAAUGCUUACAAUAUGUUACAUUACUGUUUAUGAUGGGGUUUAUAUCCUUGCUCAGGUAUGCUGUGCCAGCUUGUGAAUGUGUUUUGAUUUCAUACGAGUGAGUGGUAGAAAUUUUCAGACUGACAAUGAAACAGAGGAGAAAAUACCUAUUAUUAUMAUUAUUAUUUUCUGAGAUAUUGUACAGUUUUUCUUCAAAUGUGCCAAACCUACAUUCACAUCACUCAGAAAUAUUCUAGUCUUAAUGCUGAUGCUGCAAAAAGUCUUAUACAAUCAGUUUUUAUUGCUGAGGUGUCCCUAUUAGGAGAAAGCUGCCGCUUUAGCUGACAUCUGCAUUGCGGUUGUUUUGGUGGUGUCGGAGGUGGAACUGCGUUAGCGCUGUCAAAUCCACAAGAAGGUCUUGGCAUUAUACCUAAAGCAGACAUUGGCCAUUGGCUGCACGGAGUCGCAUUAAGAGGAAUCCCAUGCAGCUUUGUUUACAAGUUCGAACACUGGAAUGUGAGAUGUAAUUUACACCUCAAUUAGGCUGAUAGAAAUCCAMAUUUUUUCACUGAAUAAUUUUCAGUUUGAGCGCCAUUAUUUCUACAGUAUACAGCCUGCUCUUUCUCGUUCUGAACUUCUAACGUGAGUGAGACGGGUGUGACUUCGUGACAAUGAUCAAGAGCAGCUGCUCACUGAUUUGACAGCUCCAACGCAGUUACACCUCCGACACCACCAAAACAUCAGCUAUGCGGGUGUCGGMUAUCGCCGGUUAACACUUAACCUGAUUUGAAUCUAGCCUAAGUUUGUAUUGGCUGUUUAGAGAAAACUAAAAAACAAUGGGUUACAGUUUCUCCUGGCCCAUAGAAUACUUUCAGGGUGAGGAAUAAUCUAACAUCGAGUUGUACAAUCCUGAACUUCCCCUUCAAUUAAUCCAUAAUGCAAAGGGGCCAAAAAACGAUCAAAUUCGUUAUUUUGGUAAACUGUUACAGUACACUGACGUUCAGCUGGAGUGGCUUUUAGGUUUGAAAUCUCUUUUGUUUGAGUAUAGAGGUUGUGAAUAAAACAUGUUAUAUAGACUCUGCAAAUGUUGAUAAAGACACAGGACAUCAUAAUAGGCACAAUAAGUCUUAAAGUUGAACUCUUAUAGUUCUAUUUGUCACACAGGAAAAUGCAGAGGAGCGGUCCCGACAGUCAUCUAUAUGGUAUGGCCACCAUAUAUAUAUAUAUAUAUUUUUCAAUGUAGGUUUUAUUUACUCUAAUUGUACCUAGAUACAGAAGAUCAGAUUUGUUUCUGUGAAUUUAUCAGUUUACAAUUAUGUAGCCAGAGAUGGUUUUCAAAA